AUGGGCGACUAUUUCUGCCUCUCGGACUGCGACGUGAUUGGAUUCGACUUGGACCACACGUUGUGCCGAUACCAUCUGAAGGAGACGUCCAGGGUGAGUGGGUUGAACCGUAGAACCGUAGAACCGCCGGGGGGGGGCGUGUGUGUGUGCAACAUAUACGCCUGCUGUAUCUCUGGAUCAUUGCAUCACGACCAGUAUCCAGUGUGCAUAGAGGCAGACAGAGUUGUCAGCGCCAACGUGGAAGCAGCUCCAUCAUCCCAGAGAAACGUAGAGCAGCAGAACUCACAGAGCGCCGUGUUCUGUGCGUCUCAGCGCUUUCACACGCCGCGCAAUCUACGCCACAAACACAGACAUCUGCAGCUUCGUCGAGGGAUGAAGCGCCUCGAUUCAGGCAAAGUCAGCGAAACGGAGGAUGGUUUAGUGGCGAGGACCAGAGAGAGAGAGACGCGGAGAUGGUUUUGA